AUGAACUUUCUAGGCGAUUGGUCUCUACCCACACAAAAUCGACCAUUUGAAUAUGAUUUUUGUGUAAAAUCUAAUUAUUUAUUUCAUAAUAUUAGUAUUAUUAAGUUUACUAAACAUCAUCGGUCAUCUUCUUAUUAUUGUCAAAAAUCUUUUAAAUAUAUAUCCAAUUCUCACGUAAAUGAUGGUUAUAAAGAUUGUUUAUUUGGAGAAGACGAAAAAGAAGAAUAUUGUAUACAAAAUAAACAUCGAUUUUCAUGUUUAAAUAUUUCUAAUGAGCAAAAAACAUGUUUAUUACCAUCAAAAGUAGGUAAUUUAGAUAACGAUUAUAAAAUGAAUAAUCGUGAUGAAUAUAUAAGUGAAAUGAAUUUUCUAUUAACAAAUCGUUUGUGUGCGAGUGGAACAUCAUACAAUUGUCAAAUGCUAAAAUAUUAUAUAAUACAAUCGUCUUACUCAUCGUCAUUCAAUACUACAUCGAUAAUUACUGAUGAUCAUGGUACAAAACCAGAAAUAGAAUCGUCAAAUUCUCAUAAAAUAUUAUUUCAUCAGUACUGCGAUACAAUUUGGAAUUUAGAUUAG